AUGCGAAUUAACGCCGGUCAAAACCCGCGGUCCCGCCAGUUCGCGGCUCGGCUGCAGCCUGAGGAGCUUAAAGCGGCCUCGGAGCCCGCUCCGCAGCGUCCUCCGGCCCGCCACGGUCCCGCGUGGGACGCAGCCAGCCGGGACGGGGGAAACACGAGGGUCCCUACAGCAGAAAAGGGGCUGGGAGCGGCGGUGAUCCCCGUUCAGGGCUCAGCAGAUUCGUACACAAGCAGACCUUCAGACUCUGAUGUCUCUUUGGAAGAAGAUAGGGAAGCCAUCCGCCAAGAAAGAGAACAACAAGCCGCUAUACAACUUGAAAGGGCGAAGUCCAAACCAGUAGCAUUUGCUGUUAAGACUAAUGUGAGUUACUGUGGCGCUCUGGAUGAAGAUGUUCCUGUCCCAAGCACUGCCAUCUCUUUUGAUGCCAAGGACUUCCUACACAUUAAAGAGAAAUAUAAUAAUGACUGGUGGAUAGGAAGGCUGGUUAAGGAGGGCUGCGAGAUUGGCUUUAUUCCAAGCCCGCUUAGACUGGAGAAUAUCCGCAUUCAACAGGAGCAGAAGAGAGGACGUUUCCAUGGAGGGAAAUCGAGUGGAAAUUCUUCUUCAAGUCUUGGAGAAAUGGUUUCUGGCACAUUUCGAGCCACACCUACUUCCACGGCAAAACAGAAACAAAAAGUGACAGAACAUGUUCCCCCAUAUGAUGUAGUACCAUCAAUGAGACCUGUUGUCUUAGUGGGUCCAUCACUGAAAGGCUAUGAGGUGACAGACAUGAUGCAGAAAGCUCUCUUUGACUUCCUGAAGCACAGGUUUGAUGGGAGGAUAUCAAUAACUAGAGUGACAGCUGACAUUUCUCUUGCUAAGAGGUCUGUUCUAAAUAAUCCAAGCAAGAGGGCAAUAAUUGAGCGGUCAAAUACAAGAUCCAGUUUAGCUGAAGUACAGAGUGAAAUUGAAAGAAUCUUUGAGCUGGCAAGGUCCUUACAACUGGUUGUCCUAGAUGCAGACACUAUCAAUCACCCUGCACAACUUAUCAAGACAUCUUUAGCACCAAUUAUUGUCCAUGUUAAAGUGUCUUCUCCAAAGGUUUUGCAGCGACUGAUUAAAUCUAGAGGAAAGUCACAAAGUAAACACUUGAAUGUUCAGUUGGUGGCAGCUGAUAAACUUGCGCAAUGCCCACCAGAAAUGUUUGAUGUAAUUUUGGAUGAAAAUCAGCUUGAAGAUGCUUGCGAACACUUGGCAGAAUACCUUGAGGCAUACUGGCGUGCUACUCACACCACCAGUAGCACACCCAUGACUCCUCUCCUUGGACGAAAUUUAGGAUCCACUGCACUUUCACCAUAUCCUGCUGCAAUCUCUGGAUUACAGAGCCAACGUAUGAGGCACAGCAGCCAUUCUACAGAGAACUCUCCAAUUGAGCGACGAAGUCUAAUGACCUCAGAUGAAAAUUAUCACAACGAAAGGGCUCGGAAGAGCAGGAACCGCUUGUCUUCCAGUUCCCAACACAGCCGAGAUCACUAUCCUCUAGUGGAAGAAGAAUACUCUGACUCGUACCAGGACACUUACAAACCCCAUAGGAACCGAGGAUCCCCUGGAGGAUAUAGCCAUGAUUCACGACACAGGCUUUGAGUUCAAGAACCUGGGGAAAAAUAGUAUUCAUCAGUUGAUAACUUGCCAUAACGUAGCUAGGAAAAAAAAAAAUCAUCUUAAUUUGGCAGGUGUAACGCGGUUAUACUGAAGUUGCACUCUGCUGUCAUUUGAUGUUAAGUAGGGGGCAAAAAAAAGUUACCAUGCCCUUAUGUUUAUGCCCGAUCAUAUAGAUUGUUUUUUGGGUUGGUUUUUUUUUUUUUUUUUAGUACAGCAUUUGCAUUUAUAGCCAUACUUUUUCUUGUUGUUAGAUAUUAGACACAUCCGUUUGUAAUUUAGGGUACUUAUCAAGGCACUUAUAACAUAAUUUCCUGUGCUGGAAAUUCCAAGUGACCAGUUCCAGUUGGAACCAAUUUAUAAACCAAUUCCUGUUGGAAUUUGGGUGAAUUGACUGGAAAGUCGACUUGAGCAUGUUGCAAUCAAUUGAAGAAAAAAAAAAAAGAAAAAUCUGAAAAUUACAAACCACUAGAAGCCAGAAAGUCAGCUACAGUAUUUGUUUGCUGGAAGCUCAAUUUACAUUUGAAGUUAGAAUAAAAGGAUUUAUUCUAACUACUUAUUUCCAGAAUGGCUUAUUCAGACAAACCAAAUGUAAACUAUUGAGAGUGCCAAAUAUCACAAAUUAUUGCAGCAGUUACAAAAUACUUUCCAGUUUGAAAUUAUUUUUAGACCUGGCAUGAAUGUUGCAGCAAAAUGAUUUCUUUAGUUUAGCCAGUACUGACAUUUUUGUUGUGGUCAGCAAUGAUGAACUGUGACAGGAUAAGGGGAAA